AUGAAUUUUAUCCCGUAUCGUAGUAAAAGUGUUCCACCACUAGCGACCGGAUUGUCGGUUGGAUUGCGAGGUCGUGAUGUGGAUAGGAAUCAGCGAUCGAUGCCCUACAGUCGAAGCCGAUCGUUUGCUGGUGCUCGCAGCGAGACGAUAAACAAUGUUCCAGACAUCUCUGGACAACCCGAUCGUUCCGAUAACAGCAAUCCUUGCAGAGACGGUGCGUAUGUGAUAGUGGUAGUAGCUGAAGGGCGUGGACAUGCAGCUCUCGAAGUUGGUCUAGCAGCUAUCGACGUAACCUCGCCGCACCUUAGGCUAACCCAGUACGGAGACAACUUUUGGUAUUCCGUCACACUGACAACGCUGCACAGUCUCGACCCGAUGGUAGUUUACUUUUCCGAGCACGCACUCACCAACGGAACAUCCUACCUGCCGAAAUUGAUUCAACAGUUUCUUCCGCAAACGAAAGUGCUCGGAUUGGGAAGAUCCUACUUCAACGAUAGUGUCGCCGAAAGCUACAUGGCGCAGCUGUGCAACCGUGAUUAUGCUAGGCUUCGAGGAUUGAUUCACAGCAAGUACUACGGGUUGGCUUCCUGUGGCGCAUUACUGCGACACUGCAUGGAAACGGCCCUGCUUCAGAUUGCUACCAAAACGCUUAAGCUUAGCUACAUCGACAAGAUGUCCACAAUGACGAUGGACGUGGAGUGUAUCGGUCAGCUAGAGCUACUCGGACCACUCCAGAAAGGGGACGAAAAGAGGUCGCUGUUUGGGUUCAUGAACCGCUGCAUUACUUCCAUCGGUAAAAGACACCUGCGGGCAAACAUUAUUGAACCUUGGACAAGCCGUGAGCGAUUGGAGAUGCGCUUGAAGUGCAUACGGGAAUUGCUUGGAAAGCCGACGCUGCUGCAAAGCAUACGGCAAACCUUGACUGAGGUUAAGGAUGUAGGAGGAUUACUCAAACUCUCGGUGGACGUCGAUCGGAUGAAAACAACUCACCAAAAUACGAUUCAUAUGCUCAACCAAGCAACAAGCCUUCGGAACGUACUGAAAGUAGUUCCCAAGCUACGUGAUCUGUUGCGAGAUGUCCACGCCGAAUAUCUGAACGAUUUGAAGCAAACGCUUGAGGAACCUGCAUAUGCCGAUCUACUCACAAAGAUUUGCGAAAUAUUGGAUGAUAGUUCAGUGGAGCGAAACACAAGCUACAGCAGGUUUUUUCUUGUACGUGCUAAAAUUAACUCCAUACUGGAUCUGCUCCGUACUCUAUACUCCGGUGUAAUCGACGAGAUUCGCGCGUAUGUGGCAGAACUAAGCCUCGCCACGCGAAUGCAGCUCAAACUAAAUCACUCCAAACCAAACGGAUUCCACCUCCUAUACGUGCUGGCAAACGAUGAGGUGGAUAAUGUGGCGGAACAGUUGAGUAGAAGUUUUCAGAUACUAACUCGAACGGGCCGCCGGUACACACUGUCCAACGGACGGUUAAUGGCGUUCAAUGAGAAGCUUAAUUCCGUUGGGAAGGAAAUUGAUGAAAUAAGUUACAGAAUUAUUCGCGGGCUGAUUGCGAGUAUUCGGGACAGUAUAGACGCGGUCUAUAAUUUGGUUGGCUGUCUGACGGAUUUGGAUGUGGUGCAGGCACUGGCAACUGUUAGCCAAGAGAAAGAGUUCUGUGAACCAAAGUUCGGCGAGGAAACGAGAAUAGUUUCCGGGAGACAUCCGUUACUGGAGAGCUUCUCCGAUGGGCGAAAGAUCGUACGAAACAAUGUGAUCUCCACGCCCGAGUACAACGUGUUUGUAGUGACCGGGCCCAACAUGAGCGGGAAAACGGUGUACAUGAAAACGAUCUGUGUUUUGCAGAUAAUCGCACAGCUUGGCUGCUACAUACCGGCAUCAGAGGCACAGGUACGAAUCGUGGACCGUCUACUGACGAUAUUCGGUGAUGCGGACAAUCUUCAGCAGGAUGAUGCCGGUGCUUGCCAGAUGUACAACAAGCUGCAGUUUGUCCAUCACUGUCUCACUUCGAACAGUUUGGUUGUGAUUGACGAACUAUACGGGGACACACAUCUUCCCGAUACGACCAGUUCCAAGUGGGCUUUACUAGAACGCAUCGUUGACCACGUUGGAUAUGGUAGUGAACAGCGAGAAAUGCCUCUGACGUUGGCAGCUAUUCGGAAACCAUUCAUUUUCAUAACGACACACUGUAUGGAAAUGCUGAGACCUCUGGAGGUACAUCACAAUGUGUCACAGCUCUGCUUACAAACGGAAACCAUCCAAGUGGAUGGUGUGGAGCGAUUACGCUACAAGUACGUCGUCAUCGAGGGACGUACGACAGUGAAAAACUAUGGCCUAUCUCUCGCCCGUACCGUCAACAUCCCGCAGGAUGUGUUGGAACGUGCGGAACAACUUUGCCGGGUAGAUCUGAAGCAACAUCUUGCUCAAUGCACCAUCCCCAACCGAUCGUACAAUCGUACCGGCAAUCUGUCGACGGCCACAACCAACACCCUAUCGACGCAGGGAAGUUUCAAUGAGUUCUUCAAACUGUUCUACCACAUUUACGGUAAGGUAGCGAACAGUGUACGCAAUGCGGACGAUGUGCAGCAGCAUCUGACCGAGCAGCUGAAUCAAUUGCUAACUUCCGUACCGGAAGAGGUGCAAGAAUUUCUCCGGGUAACGCCCCUGGAGCAGUUGCUGCAGCUUGACGCUUGAGCACUUUAGUUGUUGAUCGCGUGCUUACAUGCUGAUGCAAGCGUUUGUU